AUGAAUCAUGAUCACAGUUCUAUGAGCGGCAUGGACAUGGGCGGUAUGGACUCCGGCUCUUCAUCGUCCAGUGCCUCUUCUAGCACCUCAUCGAUGAUGACGAUGGCCAUGGUCUUUACCAAUGCCCACGACACACCUCUGUUCUCAUCCGCCUGGGCACCCUCCUCAUCAGGGACCUACGCCGCAACGUGCAUUUUUCUUAUUGUCCUCGCGAUCAUCGACCGAUGCCUGAUUGCUUUCAAAGCCUCCAUGGAGCGUCACUGGCUGAUCCAUCACCUGAACCGUCGCUAUAUUGCCAUUGCUGGGAAAACCAGCGAGGCGGGACGUAUUAACGCGGAUCCCGAUGCGAAGACUGCCUCGCUGGUGACGGCGCAAGGUGUGGAGGAAAGUGUCAAGAUCGUGCACAGCAUCUCUCAUGGGCCAAUCCCAUGGCGAUUCAGCGUGGAUGUGCCGCGGGCAAUCCUUUUCCUCUUCAUUGCUGGGGUCUCCUAUCUCCUCAUGCUGGCCGUCAUGACGAUGAAUGUGGGCUACUUUUGCUCAGUGCUCGCCGGUGCCUUUAUUGGCGAAUUGGCUGUCGGUCGAUACAUCCAGUGGAAUGACCAUAAUCACUGA